AUGCCCCGCCAUGACACGCAGGGACUCUCGAUGAAGUCCCUUGGCGCCAAUCUUGUGAACCGACGCGCGCAGUGCGGGAAACAACACACAACUUCAAUGGAAUCGGCCAACCAAGCGAUAACUGCCAUUCAAGGGCCACUCGCAGUCGCUAUACUUUCAAGCCCUGCAACAGCCCGCGAAUGGAUCUCGGGGUCAUCGAUUCUGUUCUCGCUCGCGUCGAUUCUGGAUGACAUUGCCAACAAGAAAUCCACGACCGCCGAUGAGUACGACUUGUACUUUGUGCCGAUCGUUAACAUUGACGGUUUCGAAAUGACGUGGAACGGCACCCGGCUCCAGCGCAAGAGUGCCAACGAAGUCGACUUGAACCGCAACUGGCCGACUCCCUUCGGAACCCCAACCGUGACGAUUGAAAUCGGCGGCAGGGUUUUUACGGUGGACGUGUUGACCAUCCCGAUACGCGGCCUCCAAGUGUACAAUGGCAUCAAACAAUACGCCAAGGCAGUUACCGUGUUCAAUGGCCGAGACGUUACGCCCACCAAGCCGUCGUGUGGUGAUUAG